AUGAGUAUGAAAGCUUUCAGGUACAAAAAGAUAAUCGACUAUAAUGGUGACAGACUCGUGUGGUUUAUUGAUGAGGAAAAUAAGGACAUCUACCGCAAGAUGAAAGCUAAUAUUGCGGGUGGGCCUUCGAUUAUGUUGAUAUGGUGCGCCAACGAGUGCUCGUGGACCACCAUCGAGAACUCAUCAAGUAAUGGUGGAGAGGAUCCGACGGCGACAGGAAGCAGCACGUGCAUACAAGGACUUGAGUGGCUGAGCAUAGUGAAGGCAAGUCAACGAGGCAUCGGAGGUAAGCACCAUGAUGAGAGGGAACAAAGAGCACAGGGAACACAGGAGAGGAUAGGAGGACUCGGUAGCAGUUUGAGGAGCUAA